AUUUUAUGUCGAAUUACACUCGUCUAUCACUUCCAAAUAUUCAGAACUCAGAACUUCGGAAGCUCUCUGCUCCCCUUCUCGGCUUCUCUUCUCUGCUCCAUUCCACUUACAAACUUGAAAUCUUUUAAAUUUCUCACCCACGAUUUUACAAUACAACCAACCCUUCGAAACAAAUUCGAAUUCUUCACACAAUUGUGCCGAUUCCUCAGAGUCGCUCAAAGCUCCUCUCACAAACUCAUUGAUUAUCACUUAUCAGGUGAUUGCAUAUUUGGUGCGUUCUCAACUUGUGAACUGUGGCAUAUGAAGUAUAAAUGUUUUUGUUAUUUGGGGAUGACUGGAGAAAAUAGAUAUGAAAAAUUGGCAAAAUCUUUCUCUCCUUCUAAUGUACCAUAGAGAUGGGUUAAGCACUGGAAUUACGUUAAGAGAUUCAGUUAGCCUUGAUUUCAAAUGAAUCCCCUACCCUUCAAAGAAGGCCUUUAGCUACUUCAUUGGUCACCGUGCUUUGGCUACGAUGAGUAAUGUGGGUAGUUUUUAACUGAAUGGUUUUUAUUAGUUUAUGAUGCUUCAGAAUGCGUUGUUUCACAUUAUUAGUUUAUAUUGAAAUUCAACCCUAUAAGUGUAGGCUUAUAAAGUAAUGUCAUCUAUACUUCUAAAUUACAAGUGUUCAUAUGGAAAUCGCUUCAUUUAUUGGGGGUAGGUUAAGGUUGAUGCCAACUUUGCAUCCUUUUGGACUUUUUUAAAAGUGAACACAAAGAUCAAGCUGUAUGAUCAUCAUCAUCAAGCAGUAUGAUCAUCAUCCUCAAGUGUUUAACUUCACAUAGUUAUAAAGUUCAAUCACAUGUAUAGUCUAUUGGAAUUUUAUAAAUACUUUGUGUCUACAUGUACACUCUUCAAUUACAGAGUGUAUGUUAAAUUGAACUCUUAGUUCAGGCUCAGACGGGUUUUAACUUGACCUGGAUAUAUCACGUAAUAGAUUGGGUUAUAAAAACUUCAGGCUGAAACAGGGCUCGAUAUAAUCAGGCUGGUACAUAAUUUUUGACACCUGAGUUCUGGUGAAUUUAAACUUUCCGCCAAGAAGUGAAAAUAAUCUUCUUUUUUAGUUGGUCCUUUAAUUAUGAUAAACAAUGAAAACUAAAAGUUUAACUUGAGGAUUGAAAAUACAUGGAUUUACAAUUUAGUUUAGUUUAUAUACAUGUUUAGUUAAAAAAUGGAGUUUUUCCUUUUAAAGAAUCCAGUUUUUUUAUGUAACACGUUAAAUAUUGUUAACUAGAUGCAAUUUUUUCUUUUACUUUCGAUGUUGAUUUGAAAACUUUAAGAUUAGAAGAGGUGAAAAUGCAGUUUUUAUACUUCAAUACAUACUCCUUUCUUUCUUUCUUUCUUUCUCUCUCUCUCUCUCUCUCUCUCUCUCUCUCUCUCUCUCUCUCUCUCUCUCUCUCUCUCUCUCUCUCUCUCUCUCUCUCUCUCUCUCUCUCUCUCU